AUGGCUACGGCCCAGGGCAGGUUCAGCCUUCAGACCUGGAUGCCCGAGAACCCACAUCCCCACUGGGACCCUGCUGAAGUUGGCGCCGAGCAACUAUCGCAGCACGCUAUUAGCAACCUGAAUAUCGAGCUCGUCAAGGACUUCGACCGGGAGAUGGACGAGCUAGUCAGGGAAUACUGUCCCCGGUGCAAGGAGUCAUGGUUCGGGAUGGAGGUUCGCCACGGUGUGUGCUCGAAGUGUCGCUUGCUCGACAAGGGCAUCGGCCCUCGCGAUGUCCAUCUCAUGUCCGAUGCCAACAAGAUGGACUUCGGGGACGUUCCUGGCGACCUGCCGGAGCUGACAUACUCGAGCUCCUCCCACAGGGCUGGCCACCCUACAAGCACAGCACUUUUCUCAGCGACACUCGACAGAUGA